GCACAUGCGCAGUAGAGAUCCUGCGUGAGCAGAGACUAGUCAGUUUAAUAAGUUUGAUGAUUUGUUUAAAAUACAGAACAAAAGUAAACAAAGUAGGACGGUAGGGCAUCAUGGCGGCUUUAUGAACGGUAAGAGGCGGGAACACGGGGGCGACGGUCAGAGGGAGGACAUCAACAGGAGGAGGACCGGAAGCUGUUUGAAAGCCGUGAGCGGGAGUUUGUCAGCAGGGGGAGAAACCGGCACCCGGAGCGAAGACAUGGACCCCCUGCAGGAGCUCCUGGACCGGGUCAAGCCCAGCACCGAGGCGGAGUCCCUGUGGUUAAAGAACAUCUUCACCUCCAUCUCUGAACACCUGAGUCCUGUGGUGUGUAGCUCCGCCCCCUCGCAGACAGGUAACCACGGUGACCUCAGCCUCUUCGAUCUGAGCAUGUGUGCGGUGCAGGUGAUCCAGCAGCAGAUGUGGGUGGCCCACAGCUUACCUGUCAGCUACAGGCUGCUGUCCGUCUCCCAGCUCGUCUCUCAGCAGCACCUGGCCUGCGUCAGCAACCUGUCCUGGAGCACCAAUCAGCAGAGAGCCUGGGCCAGGGAGGCGGAGCUCGCCGUGCCGGGUCAGAGGGCGCUGCCGAGGGUCAACCUGCUGCUGAUUGGCUGUCUGAGAGAAGGCCCUGACGGAGAGUACAGGCUGACGGACGCCAGCGGCAGCGUCAUGUGUGAGUGCCUGUCUCUCUCGCCCCUGUGGCUCGAUCGUCCUGUUUUCCUCCCUCACUGGAACUACAUCCCCCACAAUGCAUCGGGCCAGGAAGAGGCCGCAGGCUUCUUGGAGCUGAUUGGCUCCCCUGUCCUGUUGUGUCCUGGUGCUGAGCAGGGAUUGGCUGCUGCUCCUGGAAGGGUGGAGCUAAGCGGAGCGGUGGGAGUCGGAGAGGCCGGCAGGCUGCUGAGGCACAGGGUCAAAGGUCAGCGGCUGAGCGUGUUCGGAGAGGUGGGCUCAGUCUGCCCUCUGCUGGCCGUGGCAGGAACGACCUUCUUUUGCUUCACGCUGACGGAUGAGUCGCGCUCGCUGCCCGUGCUCGUACAGGACAGCAGCCGGCUCAGCUGGAUCCAGCGUGUGUGUGUCGGGCAGAGCGUGUGUGUGACAGCUCUACGUGUGUGUGCGCUACGAGGCUGGAGAGGAAACAACAUCCUGUGUGUGACGAAGCGCUCCGAGCUGCACGCCGACUACACGCACACACAGGAACACACACAGGAACACACACACUCUGAGUCCCUGCUGUCACAGCCUGCUGAGGACGACUGUGAGGAGGCGGAGCAUGAGGAGGUGGAGCUGGACCAAUCAGCUGUGAGGAUAAAGCAAUCCAAAGUCAUCAGCUACCAGGGCACGGUGACUGAGGUUGUGAGUGAGGGGGCGGGGCUCUACGUGCUGGAUGGGAAGGUGGGUCUGUGCGUGGCCUAUCAGCCGGCGGCGAAGAGGAAGCUGAGGGCGGGAGACAGAGUGGAGUUGCAUCACGCCCACUUCCUGUAUCGGCCCUGCCCGGACUUCCCUCCCAGCAUGCUUUGCACCUGCCUGCGCUCCAGCCUGAGGGUGACGACCUUCAGCAGGGCGGGAGGCUCGCCACCCGACAACCGCUGCCCGGGAGAUGGGGCGUUACCACGGUUACUGCUGCAGAGAAACACAGAUGUGUCCGAUUACCUGUGGACCUGUCACCUAAGCUCGCAGCUGGCACACAGUCUGGUCCAAGGUGUGUGGAGGCAGCAGUGUGUGUGCUUGCUGUCCUGGAGGCUGAUGGAGACUCUGAGCAGAGCUGGAGGACGAGGACGCAGAGACAUCUACGCUGAGAUGCUGGACGAGCCUCACACCUGUCCUGUGACGCAGUACAGCGUGUCCUCGGCGGUCCGGCAGUACCUCGGUGUGUCGGAGCUCCUGGAGUCCCUGCAGACUGGCUGCUGGUCGUCGGCCCCUCUGAGCUCUCUGCUGCCCCCUGAUGGCUCCAACCUGACCUCCGCCCAGAUCAACGGGUUCCUGUCCUGGUCUUGCAGAACUCUGUCCUCCGAGCCUCGGGGUGGAGACGCUGUGAGGCAGCGCCCCCUGCUGCUGGUCGGCCUGCUGGAGCUGCCGUCACAGACGUCUGAGUUCAAACACUCGAUGCAGCUCAGAGACGCCGCGGGAGCUGCAGCCUGCGUGCUGACGGAGAGCAGCGAGGAGGAGGAGGGAGCGCAGAGGGCGGUCUUUAACAGCGCCUGGAUCGGUUGUCUGGUGGGUGUGGUGCAGUUCACCAUGGUGACAGAGAGAUUCCUCCAAUCAGAUUUCCCCUCCUACCAACACCUGGACCAGGACAGGUUCAUCACACACAAACACUGCAGGGUUUACCUGCAGUUCUCUCUGGACCACCUGCACAUCCUGAGUCCAUCUGUUGCCAUGGAGACACACCUGAGACACAAGGGGAAGGAGCCAGGAGGGGAUGUCACUGCCAGGAAGCAGACAGUAGAAGAAGAAGAAGAGACUGCUGGGAGUAAGAGGAGGAGAAGAGGAGAAGAAGAAGCCAACUCCGGCAACCCCUGGCCCUGUGUCUCCAUGGUGAUCAGGGUGGAGCAGGAGGAGGGUGUGUCCUGGAGGAAUACAGGGGCGGAGGCAGAGGAUCAGGAGGCAGGGCUGAGACUGUGCUUCUCAGUGAAAGCUGCUGUGAUUGGUCCAGUGGUCAGCUGGAGGCGGGACCCGAAGAAUGAGCCAAUGACAGAGAAAGAAAGUGAACAAAAGCAGGAGAGAAAGGUGGUGCUGGUGUUCUCAGGUGUGUGUACGCGGUGGUUUCCUGUCCUCCAGCCUGGAUGUUUCUACAGACUCAUCGCCGCUAACACUCAGGAUCCCAGUGUUUUGAUUGGCUGUGGAGUUUCUGAGCGCAGUGGGGUGGAUCUCCACGCUGAGUCGACCCUACAAGUCAGACGUGGUUGGAGAUUCCACACUCUGACACGCCCACUGCUGCUGCCCACCUGCAGACAGGUAACACUCGGUUUGCUCCCCGUCUUCCUCCAGGACCCUUAA